AUGCUCGCCUCGCUUCUGCGUCCCAGGAGACCGCGCAACCCUGCCAAUCGGUCGCCAUUUUCGUCCCCGUACACCACCCAGGAGACUGCGCCCUUUUUGCAGCGUAGCGACCGUCCUCGCCAUGCUGCUGACAUUGAUAACGAGGGGAGUCAUGAUGAUGACAGCGUGGGGUUCAGCCAUGACGAUGACGAAGAGCAAGAUCUCCAGGGCGAGGAUGGGCCAGAGGAGUCAUCCCCACUGCUGCCCAUCUUCUCCGCGCCUCACCUAGAUUCCCUUCCGGUUUAUAACAUUACUCAUGAGAUACGACUUCUCGUUGAGGCGCGAUGUGAAACCACACUGUCCUGGGACCAGCUCCGGUCUCCCCAGGUCUCACAAUUCCUACUGAAGCCCAUUCAGCAACAGAUCCGGGACUCGCAUUUCAAUCGAGCCACUCUCUAUGCGCUCAUGGCAAAUUGCCUCCAGUUCCACAAAGAAGUAGAACUCAACCCGGGCAACAGCGGUACAAGUCGGACCAGGGCGAUGGUGUGCGAGCUCCUCGCCAUCAAGCUGUUGAAGGAGUUCACCACCCGGGAACUAAUCGAUGCUCUAUCCUACGAUUUCUUUCCAUUGCAAGGACAGAGUCCUCCAACGACGGCAACAACGCUCCGGGGCCCGGGCUGGAGUAGCAGCCAGAGGAGCAAGCCACCAGCCGGAGCCGCCCGUAUCUCCUGUCUCGAAAUAGCGAUUCGUGCCCAAGCGAAACGAUUCCUCGCUCAUCCGCUUGUUGUCCAGCAGCUGGAGGCAAUAUGGGCCGGCACUAUCGUCUUCCACUCCGCUGCGGAUAGUCUUCACCGCCAGCCGCCGCAAGCCAGCACCCACAGUGAGCCGGGAUAUGGAUCCUUCAACCACAACGAUCCGUCGUUGGGCUUCUCCCAGGGCAAAGCUCAACCAGGGACCCGUAGCCAGGAUCCUGGAAGGCCGCGGCGCUCAGUUACUCUAUAUGAUCCUCGUGACGCGUCUCUCUUCAAGUUAUCGAGACUUAGAGUGCCUCGAUAUCGGCAGUUUCUGUCGACCUGCUCCUUUGCUGUGUUGCUGGGCCUAUAUCUCGCCGUCAUCAUCCAGCGACCGCUAGAGAUUAACACACUGGAACUGGUCUUCUGGUUCUGGAGUGCGGGAUUUAUGCUCGACGAGAUUGUCGGUUUCAACGAACAAGGCUUCAGCCUCUACCUCAUGAGCUUCUGGAAUCUUUUCGAUCUCGGCAUCCUGUUGCUUCUCUUCUGCUACUAUUGCCUACGCCUCUACGGUAUGAUGAUGCCAGAUGUUCGCAAACAGGCUGUUGCGGAUCAAGCAUACGAUGUCCUGGCGGCCAGUGCAGUGCUUCUCUUUCCACGUCUCUUCUCGGUGCUGGAUCACUACCGAUAUUUCUCCCAGCUGCUCAUCGCUUUUCGGAUCAUGGCCGCGGAUCUAAUGGCGGUUUUCAUUUUGAUUGUCGUCGCCUGUAGCGGUUUCUUCGUCGCGUUCUCCUUUUCGUUCGGCUCGUCGAAUACUCCGAGUUCGAUAGCCUAUGCCUUGUUCCAAAUGCUCAUGGGCUUCACUCCGGCUGCCUGGAGUCUCUGGGACGAAUACAAUACGUUGGGCAGGAUCAUCCUGACCAUCUUUCUCUUUAUCUGCCAUUUUGUAGUGGUCACCAUUUUGAUCACGGUUUUGACCAACUCGUUCAUGGCCAUCGUGCAAAAUGCGAACGAGGAGCAUCAGUUCGUGUUCGCCGUCAACACCAUCUCUAUGGUCAAGUCUGACGCCCUGUUCUCCUACAUCGCCCCGACCAACAUCCUCGCCUGGCUGAUCACGCCAUUGCGGUUUUUCAUUCCCUUCCGCCAGUUUGUCAAGCUCAAUCGAACGGUGAUCAAAAUCACCCACUUUCCCGUCUUAUUCACCAUUUGCCUCUACGAGAAGACGAUUCUCAGUUCAUCUUUUUUCGAGCCGAUCGACCUGGUAGAAUAUCGAACCCGUUCCGGCAAGGUAUUGCGUGCCAGGCAAGACCGUGAGAGCCGCUUCGAUGCGUUCAACCGGAGUAAGCGACUGCUUGUCCGAGAACCGUCCAUCGCUACCUAUCAGCAAGACCGCAUCCUAGAGGAAGUUUUCCGACAGCCAUUCCGGCAUCACCCAAUACCGGAUGUGCACGCGAGCCCCGAUGGCCGCCGAAAGACCAACAUGGUCAAAGAUUGGAUGCAAAAAGUGGAACCAGGGCCAGCGAACCCGCCAGAUGAACCGGGUCCCGGUGAGAUCGAUCAUUUAGAAUCAACUCCGCGACGAUCCCGAGCACUAGGACGUCGCAAACCCUUGCUCGGGACGAUCCGCGAUUUUACAGAGACGACUCGCUCCGUGGCAUCUGACCCGGAGGAAUUCGUCAAUCACGAUUUCCUGCGCCCAGACCGUGGAGACUCUUCUCGAAAUUGGCGGUCACUGUUGCGAUCGAGACAGUUGUCUCAAAACACUGACGUAGAAGGAGAUGAUGAGCGGACCAGUGGAGACAACAAUGACGAUGAUUCAGGUGAUGAGAAGCAAUCUCUGACCAGGGACUCGGAGAAUGGCGAUGGGCCGACGCCAAGGCACAGCGGCAAGUCCACUCCAAAAUUCUACAGUUCCCGACCGUCGACUGCACAGCUGCGUUCCCGCAAAAACAGUCCGACCCGGCGCCGCCCGCGGACCCCCCGCCGUCUGAGCCGAAACCUGUCGAGUGCAACCAUUCUUUACAAUCCUGUCGACCCGCAAAGCGGUGACGACUCGAUUCAAGGGGGACCCUCACAUACAAGGAGUACCCAGAAGCUUGGAAAAACGAACCGUCCUGGAGGCACACCGCCGUCACCGGGCCGACGCACUCCGAAGCGGAGUGCUGCCGAUGCGAAACAGGCUCGACCGACCCUUCCUCCUCGUUCCGCAUUCAUGUCCGUCCCUGAUUUCGGUGGCGUGGGCCUGGAGCUUGGCUCCGACCUUGGCGACAACAAGGCCGUCGGGGGAGGCUUCGUGGGUGCUAUCCCGUCCAGCUUGGCGACUCAGAUCAUGUAUCCGCCGCGUGGGAAUGGACGCGAGAACGAGGAUCGGGACAUCCUGAGCAAGCUGGUGCUGGCUCGCAUGAAUAACCUCGAAGAGGGGUUCCGGGAAGUGAUCAAGGAGGUGAAGGACCUCCGCCAUGGACCAGGUAGUCGAGGAGUUUCUGAUUUGCCGAAGGGUAGUCGGGAGAAAAAGAAACGAGCAGAGGCCAAGGAGACGAAGCUGGGGCAGCCGUCAAGGAAGAGCAAGAGCAGCAGCAGUGGAGGGGAUCUGUUCGAUGACGAUAGUCUUGACGACUAG